UCACAUUAUAACACCAGUGAUAACACUGUCAGCUGACACAAAGCAGUCCUUGCGAAAGAACGGGCAGUAUGAAUUGAUUUAAGACUGUAUUUUUAUAAUAGAAUAUGAAUAUAAUUCUCUCUGGGCAGUAAAUAGUGAAUCUGGCGGCAGCUAUCUUACUGCGUCAAAACGGAAGAAAUUAUUGAGCUAACGUUAUAGGUUGGUUGACAGGCAGGUCCCCUAUAUGAGAGUGCUGGAGACGUCGCUGGCAAGAGAGUCAACUUGAUAUAUAUAUAUAUUAAUUAUAUUGGUUUAUUAACACUCCGGCAACUGACAUGUCCGCUAAACCUACUUGUCUUAUUGUGGCAAGUGCUGCACCUCAAGGGGUGAAUGCUCGCUCGUUUCAUCAGGCUUUUACGCUGUGCAGCCCUGUGUUUAACCUGCAAACUGCUACUCCUGGGGGGAAGCCCAUUGAUUUUGUGGGUGUGGAUGAGAGCACAGCACGGUGGGUGCAGGACUUCAGUGUGAAGCCUUACGCCACCCCAGCGAAGCUGGAGUCCAUAGACGGAGCUCGCUACCAGGCCCUGUUGAUCCCAGAUUGCCCUGGUGCUCUUACUGAUCUUGCGCACAGCGGUUCUCUGGCUCGGAUCCUCACUCAUUUCACCUCCCAACAGAAGCCAGUGUGUGCCAUAGGGCAGGGAGUGUCAGCACUGUGUUGUGCCACUGAGGGGCAGCGAUGGCUGUUCAACGGCUACAGCCUCACUGGGCCUUCCGUCUUUGAGCUUGUUCGCUCCCCAGACUUUGCCAACCUGCCCCUCAUUGUAGAAGACUUUGUGAAGGACAGUGGGGGCUCCUACACAGCGAGCCAAGAGAAUGCUUUGCACGUAGUUCUGGACAGGCACCUGGUGACCGGUCAGAAUCUCCAGUCCACCACUGCAGCCAUCCACAACCUCAUCCUCCUGUGCAAUAGCGGACGCUAACGCUAGCUUGCGCCCGCCAGACUCAGUACAGCACAGCGGAUUCAGACAGGACCAAUCGCACACCGAUAUGAGGACCAAUUUUGUCAUGUUUGGACAUUGUCACGUAUUCCACAGUAUUGUAGUUAUGAUUCCUUAUUAGGUGGAAUUGUUGAAUCAGCAUAUUACGAUGCUGUCGGCAGUUUUUCUUCAGUGAGUGAAAGCGUUUCUAGACUGUUGAUGAUUUAUGGUUGCGUUGUAUUAGUCAUAUUCAAAACACUCCAAAAGACACAAGAAACAUACAUUGCACAGCCAUACCGUGGACCAUCUUUAUACUAUUCCUCAUGGUGCAUUAUUUAUCUAGAAGAAAACUGCCAACUGUAUCUUUAAAUGAAAAGAGAGAGAAAGGUUUCCAACCAUUCUUCUGUUAAGUGCCUGAAAGAUACAUAUUUGGCGUAGCUGAGUAAAUGGUGUAAAACCGCAAAGAAAGGUAUGACAUGACCAUUUCACAGGAAACCAUGUGAUGACCAGCUUCCUUUUGAGCUAAUAGUAUCGUUAAAAGCCUUAUAUCCACUAACCAUCACGCUAUGUGUCACCCAGUGUCAUGAAGUUAUGUGUGUUUGCCACCUAAAUACAUGUGCUCUCAUUUCCUCCAUGUUCACAGUAUUACACUGUAUGUAAAACAUUGAUUUUUAUUAAAAUGAAUAAAAAUGAACAUGACCAUC